GUUUUGCGGCUAAAAAAUCUUUGGAUUUAUUUUUACGGCUUUAUUUGUUUGAAAGGAAUCUCCUUCACGGAAUCUAACUUAGCUUUUUCAUCAUGUCCUUUUUUUGCGGACAGUAGAAUUUCAGUAUUGAAUGUUAAGGCUCUGAGGUUCAAUAGAAUUCUUCAUAUCUGUAAGGAAUAUGGAUUCACUACAGGAAGUUUCUUCUACGAUGGCAGAGGACUCGGAAGUUUUCAUCGAAAUUGAAGUGUCGCAGACGCACAAUAAUGGAAUAUCUCUAGCCGAAGCUGCCAAUGCUCUCAUCACCUUACAAGUGCCCUCAAAGGAUCCUGCACCUCCAAUGUCAAUUUCCUCCAGCAGAUCUGGAGAAAAUGACAGUAAGAUAACAAUUACUGAAGGUAAUCCCAAGGAUGUUAGAAAGAAGAUCUUGGAAGGCAUGAAGUCUCAAUUUAAUACCAAUCCUGAGGAGGAAAUGGCAUUUGAGCAAGCUAACAGAAGAGGGCCACAUCGAUCAAAAUCAAAGUUCAAGCGUCAAAACUUUGAAAAUGAAGAAGACUCUGUUGAAACAGUUAGUAAAUCAGAAACACCAAAGAACUCCAGAGGAAGAGGAAGGCCACCAAGAACAACCCAGAUAGAUAAGCCUCAGCAGAUAGCCAUUGAUGUUUUAAAAACUGAAGGUGAACUCAUUAGGAAUGAACUGGAUUCAAGCAGUGAGGCUGGUUCAGAAAGAAGUGACUCAACCACAGGAGUUCCAGGCAUCAUAACUACACGAAGAUCUCAAAGAACCAAUAUUACCCGGACUUCAGCUACAGACCUGCUAAAAGGCCUCUCUGAAACCCGGCCAAUCAAAAAGACCAUAUCACCCCCAGAGCCUGAAUUAGUCAAACCAAUAGAUCUUCCAAGAAAACGUGGUAGACCAUGUAAGGGAGCAGUUCCGAUUGAACCGAAAACCGAAAACAUUUCCGUUGAAGUGAGUGAAGAUACUGCCGUGGAAGAUGUCUCCAAAAUGGAGCAUAUGGCUUCACUGGGUUUACAAAGUAAAUCAAGUCCAGAUACUGCAGUUCAUCAAUCUGAGGUUGUUUCUUGUUUGGACGGUGCUAAUCUCUUAUGCGUAGAAUCGCGCCCAACAUGCAAAAAGUUACGGACCGAAGUGUUGCCUACCAAAAACAAUUCUACUGCCGAAAACGAAACACUGCAUACUUCCUCGGGUGGGGACAACUCGCUGUCGUCCGACAAUCUUAUGCGAGAAACAUCAGCCAAAAGCAUUGUCAGUCAUACAUCGUUGGCAGAUGAAUCCGUUCUAGUCGCAAAUUCUCUAGAAAAUGAAGUUGAAUUAUCUAUUGUCGAAGAACAAGGGAAGAAGCUGGCCGAUUGUCAUACUCCUCUACAAGUUAACGGAACUGCUUCCCUGCUUGUCGAGAAAACCAUCUUUACAUGUUCUUGUGUAGAGAGCCAUCCCCCAGUGGCUACUGCUCCACCAGCAGCCACUUUGUAUUGUCAAGCUGUUGAUUCAGUUGGAGGAAAACUAGUCGGCUGCUGCUUGGUGGCUAAUCGAAAGCGCUUCUAUCGGCCGUCCAAAAAGAUACCGUUUAUGAUUCUUUGCGACUCACACCGGGAUCGUAUUCGGAAACAUUUUUGCUGUCCUGGCUGUGGUCUAUUUUGCACUCAGGGAACAUUUCUUCAGUGUAGGGCUCUGGAAGGUUCAAUUCAUUUUUUUCAUGCCGAUUGCCAACGGCCGGGUCAACGGAAAACGUGCUUACAUUGCCAGCGCGAUUCUGCCGUUACCGAAAUUCGCUUACAGAUGAAAACCUGUGCCGUACCUGUCUUUUGCAAUGACGCAAAAUUGCUAAAAACAAUUCCGACCGCAAAGAUCUCCCGCCUACCAUCGCGGGAAAUUUCCAGAAUCGUAUCAGAAACAUCCUGUCCUCGCUAUCUUUCUUCUCAACUUGUCUUGCCGUCAGGAAAAGUAAUUGAUUCGAAUAGUAUUCCUCCGUCUCUUAACAAAGAAAUGCUACAGCGCAUUUUGAAGUCAUUUGAAACUACUGGCAAAAGUUCGUCAAGCAAUAAGAGUCUUUACGUAGCGGCGAAAAACGGCGAUAUCGAACGGGUCAUCGAAUGCUUAAGACAAGGACAGAAUGUGAAUACUACCUACCAGGAUGGAGAAGGCCAAACCGCACUACAUGCCGCAGCUUAUGGUGGCCAUUUGGCAUUGGUCCACAUCAUUUUGCAGAGCGGAGCGGCACUCGACAAGCUGGAUCGAUCGCAAAAUACACCCUUAAGCUUGGCCCUGAUCCAAGGUCAUAAUGAAACUGUCAAAUACCUUGCCAUAGCUGGAUCGUGUACAUCGCUGAAGGUCGGGUUUCACCAGAUAUCUUCAUUCGGUAUUGCGCCUUUGACGUUAUUUCUGUUUUACCUUACAGGGGAAGGCGGGAUGACUGCCCUUCACUUGGCGUGCAAAAAUGGCAACCUAGAAGCUUGCCAUUAUAUCAUGACGCUGGGAAAUGGGAGAAGUUUCAUUAAUGCACAGGAUGAUGGCGGUUGGACGCCGCUGGUGUGGGGAUGUGAACAUCAGCGUGUAGACAUAGUCAAAUAUUUACUUCAGUGUAAGGCAGAUCCUAACGUACGCGAUGCAGAGCAGAAUGUCGCUUUGCAUUGGGCAGCUUACUCCGGGUCAGUCGAUAUAGUUGCACUUCUGCUUGAUCAAGGGUGUGACGUGAACGCUGCGAAUGUACAUGGCGACACGCCAUUGCAUACGGCAAGUCGUCGGGACAAUUGUGAAUGCGCUUUGCUCCUGAUAACUAGAGGUGGACGUUUCGACCUACGGAAUAAAGAGAAUCAAUUAGCUUUAGAGGUUUGCCCAGAUAAGCAUUGUCACUCAGCGCUGCUUUUGGCGCUCAACAUGAAACUCCAACAAUUCACCCAAACACCAUGCACCGAAUCCGAAAAACUACUCUCAAAUGACAUCACAAAGGGAAAAGAGGCCAACCCUAUCCAAUGCGUAAAUGGAUAUGACGACGAGCCAAAACCACAAGACUUUAUAUACAUCACAGAAAAUUGCUUCACUAGCCCGUUGCACGUCGACCGGACCAUUAACUCACUUACCUUUUGCGAGUGCGUCGGUGACUGCUCAGUCGGUUGCAAUUGCUCGAGUCUCAGUUUUCGCUGCUGGUACGACGACGAAGGCAAACUCGUAUCCGACUUCAAUUUUGCAGAUCCCCCAAUGUUGUUCGAAUGCAAUCGUGCUUGCCAAUGUCAUCGAGGGUCGUGCAAUAAUCGUUUAGUUCAACAUGGAAUUACCUCACGUUUAGUUCUUUUCCGUAUCGAAAACAAAGGCUGGGGAGUCAGAGCUGCCCAACCUAUUUCAAAGGGCUCCUACGUCUGCGAAUACAUUGGCGAAAUCAUCACAGACUUCGAAGCCGAUCAACGUGAAGACGAUUCAUAUCUUUUCGAUUUGGAUAAUAAGGACGGAGAAACUUACUGCAUUGACGCCCGCCGCUACGGCAAUAUUGCCCGUUUUAUCAAUCAUUCUUGUGAACCUAACUUGAUUCCUGUUAAAGUUUACGUUGAUCACCAGGAUUUGAAGUUUCCACGCAUCGCUUUCUUCGCCGUUCGAGAUAUUGACGCCAAUGAAGAGUUGGCUUUUGAUUACGGUGACAAAUUUUGGAUUAUUAAAUAUAAGUCAUUUACUUGUUCGUGCCACUCGCCAAAAUGUAAGUACUCGCAGUUGACUAUUCAUCGAACAGUAGAAGAGUAUCGGCGAUGUCUGCAACUUCAGGAACUCGAAAACGGCUACCAGCACUCCUAAACAUAGUUUUUAAAAAGCCCCCAAUUUCUGCCAAGUUAUGCAUGCAUUCUCCGAUUUGACAUUACUCUUCCCAAUUUCAAUUUUUGUCUCACCCUAUUUUAAAGUUAUGUAAAAAAAACUGUUAAUUAACUUACGAAAAUGCAACUUAGAUUCAGCAUUACUCAAAACCUUACCUCCACCACUUCCCUUCCACUCCUGCUCCUAUCAUAGCUGCAAGUUUACUUUAAUUAUCUGCGAAACAUUGAUGAUGAACUCAAUUCGGUAAAAUUUUGAAAAUGCGUUUACCUUUUCCCGACUACUUAAUUUCAAUUAAAAUACUUGUGUUCUAAUGAAUUAUUCUUUGUUCAAAGCAACUUUAGGAUUAUUAAUCAUACGCGUGUCAAAAUAAAUUCGCGUAUAUGAAGAAUCCUAAUGUAGCUAAAUUUGGAUCAGCAAGUGCAAUCUGUUUUUGACCUAGUCUAAUGUUUUUUGUUUUGUUUUUUAAAAUAGUAAUUUCGCGAAUGUCCCUCAUUUCUACUGCUCUUUUUAUCGUCAAUGGUAGCUCCACUUUACAUGGGUAACACUAUUUGAUUCAAUUGACUUGUGAGUGAUUCCCCAUCUCUUUUGUAAAUAAAUCUCACCUGAAUUUCUGUCCAAGUCUCGUCUUGCAAUUUUCCUCUCCUGUACUUGUCACAUUGGCAAAAAUAUACCUCGUUUCGCGUA